AUUUAGUCUUGAUUAUUCGCUUAGUUAGGAGAAUCAGACCUUCAUAGAUUCAUGGAGUUGAUACUAGUCAAUACGCUUAGCGAGCAGGUCAACAUAUAAAAUAGAUUGUAUUGGAGUGAUAGACAGGCAAGAUAACUCGAUAGACUGGAGUGCUUUAACAAGAGGCCAAUAGAAUAAAUAAGAGAGACUUUAUUGGUCUUGGCUAAUUACUAUCUAAGCUGCUGUCUUUAUACUAUUUAUCUAGGUUUUGAUUCCGUUCAGUGUCAAACAGCUAUUGGAAGAUAUAGAAUAUAAAGGGAAGCAAUUCUCUAGUAUAGAAGAUAUAUCAAGCCGCGCUAGCCAAUGAGAAACUGACUAGCACAGGAUCUUUCUCUUACUUUAAUAUUAUAUUGUAAGUCUCCUACCUUGUGGCAUCAGUAAAAGAUUACCAUGAGAAGUAUAUAUUGCGAGGUCUUGUCAGCUGCUGUUCUAAUUAUCUAUAGUCCUAAUCUAUACUGCUCUCUCUCUUAUUGCUAUAUUGAUUGCUUACCCAGCCUUAUACAUGCCUGCAACCGGCAGAGUCUUGGCUAGGGAUGUCCUACAGAAUUUGCAGAGUUCUAAUUGGAUUCCCGCUUUGAUUAUUAGCCAAGAUAUUAUCUUAACAGAGAAAAGCGCCAGUAACACACGCCCUCUCCUAGAUAGCUGUGACUUGCAGGAUUCUGUUAUCCUGACUACUCUAGGGAGAUGCUUACAGAGCUCCGUUCCUGGCUGGCCAAAGAAGCGCCCUUUCCACGACUAGUUUAAGAAAUGUGUGCAGUCAGUCACUGGCAGUGCUAUAAAAUGUGACUAACCCACAUUAAUCUUGGCAAGCCCUCUAGUAGCGGAUAGCAACACGAGUAGCGAUAUCUGCUCAGUCGCAAAUACAGUGCUAACUAACUUUCUGAUAGGAAAAGGCAUAGAGGACCUGGCCGGUUCUGUCUGUGACAUAAUGGUUACCCUGGGCGGGGGAAUCAUUACUAAGGAUACCGGGGCAAUUAUCUCUGCUAUCACAGUUCAGGGAGACCGUAAAAAAGGUCUCUCGAUUGUCCACAAACAUCGCAAUCUACAGAUUAUAGGUAGCACGGCCAAUGUGGCCGGGAUCAAUAUCAAAUCUAAGCUGGUCGAUCUCUGCGUGCAGGUAAUCAAGUACCAGACAAAGACAUGUGUGACAGACUUAAAUUAUGGGGCUUUCAACCAUCAGGUGGACCACGUUGCCAAGCUAUCAACUACAACAUGGAGGGACAGUAAAUGUAC